CUUUGGUUUGGUACCCACACUCAGUGAUGUCCGAGCUACGCUGAGAAGAAAGGAGAGAAGGUAAAUCCGAAGGGAACCAGACGAUCUUCACCUUCACCAUGAAGCUGCUGGCUGUCUCUGCUCUGGUCUGCGCCCUGAUGGCUCUGAGUAGAGCUGAUGCUGCUGCAGAGCCAGAACCCCAGGAAGUAAAAGCAGAUGUCAGUGUCGCCAAGAGGACAUGCCCCUGGCAUCGGAUUGGUCAUCGCUAUUUCUACUAUGUUCACCAACAUCUGACCUGGAAGCAAGCUGAGGCACACUGCUGCAGCCUGGGUGGACACCUGGCAUCUGUGCACUCGUUGUGGGAGUAUAAGCAAAUUCAAGCCUUCGUGAAAAAACGGAACUGUAGAAAUCCGGAAGUUUGGCUUGGAGGCAAUGACAUCCAAAAGGAGGGUGUUUGGCGCUGGAGCGAUGGUUCCUGUUUCAACUUCCGCAAGUGGUGCUGUGGGGAGCCCAACAACGGGGCAGGGUCCAAUCAGGAUUGUCUGCAAAUGAAUUACAGCGGUCACAAAUGCUGGGACGACUUAUGGUGUCACCACCGUAUUCCCUCUGUCUGUGUCAGAGGAUAGUAAUCCCAGCUGAAGAACCUGUUAGAGCACCAACACUGGUGGAUGUGUGUUUAUCCACCACUGGUUGUGCCAUCAUGUUCAUCUGGACCCUGAGCGCUUCUUAAUUCUCUCUUUUCUAACGCCGUAACGCUACACAAGGAACGAUGCGACAAGUGAACCAACAGGAGCUGGAUGGUCUCUGAGGCCUUGUGCCUGUAAGAUCAGACUGAAAGUGAAGGAUGCUUCAUGCAAAAUGUACUCUCUCGAUUAAACUGUUCUCUUUCCUGUGCAAAACAAUAAAGCUGCAAGCAUUGACAAAG